GGGAGCGGGGCUGCACUAAUGGUGGCACUAAAGGAGCAGUGUUACCCAGAGGGAAGGGUUUGUUCUUUACAUGACAAGCAGAGGGAGGAGCUGCCUGUAGCGCUAGGGAUGAAGGCCCCUCCCUCCCACAAGGAGCCAAUGGGAAUGUGGGAGGAAGCGAGUGACCCAGUGAUGGGGAAGAAGGAUAAAAAUGAGGAGCGGAAGGAGAGAAUCCUGAAUCUCACACUGGAGAUUAUCUAUCUGCUGACUGGAGAGGGCUACGUCAUCCCUAAGAAGAAGAGCCCAACUGUGGGUUUGGGGGCCCUGCAUGCCCCUGGCUCCGUCAUACAGAAGGAAAAUGACAAGAAGAUCCUGGAACUCAUCUCCAACAUCAUCCAGCUGCUGACUGGAGAGGUUGCCAUAAGGUGUGAGGAUGUUUCCAUCUAUUUUUCCUUGGAGGAGUGGGAGUAUAUAAAAGGAAACAAGGCCCUUUACAGGGAAGGGAUAAAGGAGGAGGAGGAGCCCCAGCAGCUCCGCCCACUGGCAGCCUCGGAACAGCCCCCACCGGCCAAUGGGAUUAAAGAGGAAGAGGCUUCAUGUGAAGAGGAAACCCAAUCAGAUUGCAGCAUUAAUCCCCUUACAGAACAGAUACAGGGAACAGACACACCUACUCCUAUCAUGGGGUGCAGCCUGAAUAACAGCUCGGCAGAGGAUUAUAUAUCAGUUGUUAUUAAAGAGGAAGAAUCUUCACGGGAAGGGGGAAACCAAUCAGAUUGCAGCAUUAAUCCCCUUACAGACCAGAUACAGGGAACAAAUACUCCUAUCAUGGGGAGCAGCCAGAAUACCUUACAAAUGAUGGAUAAUAAUCAUGAUGAAAAUUCCCACCAAUCUCCACAUAAAUCUCACAUAACAAAAAAUACAUUACGUAGGAAAUACAGCUGCAAUGAGUGUCAGAAACAUUUCAGUAAUAAGAAAGGCUUUCAUAAACACCAAAGAACCCACAAAAGAGAGAAACUUUUUCCUUGUUCUGAUUGUGAGAGAUGUUUUUCAAACCGAUCUGACCUCAAUCGUCAUCAAAGGACUCACACAGGGGAGAAACCAUUUUCUUGUUCUGAAUGUGGGAAAUGUUUUUCAACCCGAUCUCAACUCAAUUUUCAUCAAAGGACUCACACAGGGGAGAAACCAUUUUCUUGCCCUGAAUGUGGAAAAUGGUUCUCAAGUAAAUUUGAUCGUGAUUGUCAUCAAAGGAUCCACACAGGGGAGAAACCAUUUUCUUGUUCUGAAUGUGGGAAAUGUUUUUCAACCCGAUCUCAACUCAAACGUCAUCAAAGGACUCACACAGGGGAGAAACCAUAUCCUUGUCCUGAAUGUGGAAAAUGUUUCUCAAGGAAACUUUAUCGUGAUUGUCAUCAAAGGACCCACACAGGGGAGAAACCAUUUUCUUGUUCUGAAUGUGGAAAAUGUUUCACAAGCAAAUUUUAUCGUGAUUGUCAUCAAAGGAUCCACACAGGGGAGAAACCAUUUUCUUGUUCUGAAUGUGGAAAAUGUUUUUCAAAGCAAUCCCAACUUAAAAUGCACUAUACAACUCACACAGGGGAGAACCCAUUUUUUUGUGUUGAAUGUGGGAAAUGUUUUUCAGACCAAUCCCAGUUUAAAACUCACCUUAGAACCCACCCAGAGGGGAAACCAUAUUCUUGUCCUGAAUGUGGGAAAUGUUUUUCAGUGCAAUCCCGCCUUAAAACUCACCAAAGAACCCACACAGGGGAGAAACCAUUUUCUUGUUCUGAAUGUGGGAAAUGUUUUUCAAAGCAAUACCACCUUAAAAUUCAUUAUACAAACCACACAGGGGAGAAACCAUUUUUAUGUUCUCAAUGUGGGAAAUGUUUUUCACAGCAAUCCGACCUGAAAGUUCAUUAUGGAACCCACACAGGGGAGAAACCAUUUUCUUGUUCUGAAUGUGGGAAAUGUUUUUUAAGAAAAUCUAAUCUAGAUCGUCAUCAAAGGACUCACAAAGGGGAGAAACCAUUUUUAUGUUCUCAAUGUGGGAAAUGUUUUUCACACCAAUUCGAAUUGAAAGUUCAUUAUGGAACCCACACAGGGGAGAAACCAUUUUUAUGUUCUCAAUGUGGGAAAUGUUUUUCACAGCGAUCCGACCUGAAAGUUCAUUAUAGAACCCACACAGGGGAGAAACCAUUUUCUUGUUCUGAAUGUGGGAAGUGUUUUAUAAAAAAAUCUUAUCUAAAUAGUCAUCAAAAGACUCACAAAGGGGAGAAGCCAUUUUCUUAUUCUAAAUGAAGAAAAAUGAUUUGCAUGGAACAGUAGUCUAAAAAUACUUUCAAAAUGAGGAAAACCGUAAACUCGUUAUACAAAGGAAGCAUCAGGCAAACAUUCUCUUUCAAGCAGAUUCCAUCUUAAUAUAUGUUUCAAGACUCCUGAUGGGCACUGGGCAAUUCUGAGACUGGGGGGCACCAAAGCAGAAUGCACCAUAAGUACCUUCCCCCGGCACUGGCUCUGCAUUGGGAACUGAGGAGCCCUCUGGGAUAUAUCUCCCCCUCCCCCCAACAGAUAAUAUUCUGGGUUUUAUUGAACAAGAAGGGACAUAUUCCAAGGGGUACGAGCCCCCCAGGGUAUCACUUGGGCAGAUGCUGUUCCCUAAUGCUCACACAGUAGGUAACAUAAUGGGGAUAUACCCAGCUGGGAAUGACUUGCCGGGUACAUAGGCUCUUACUGGGUAAAUAUAAAGCCUAUAACAUCAUCUUGUCAUUAUUAACCCAAUGUCAUUUCCAAUGGGGCAUUUGUUGGGAUGAAAGGAAAGGGGGUUACACCAUUAUCCUAUAAAGGGUCUCUUUACAUUAAAUCAGUUUUGUGAAAA